AUUCGAAAAAUAAAAAUUAUAGAAUCUCCAACGAUUAGAAGAAUUAAAUAUUCUCGAUUCGCCAGCGAUUCGAAGAAAAAAUUUCUCGAAUCGCCAACGAUUCGAAAAACUAGCAACACUCGAUUCGCUAACGAUAGGUGACUCUCCUACGAAUUCGAAUUCGGCGAUCUAUCGUCGCGAAGUAUCGUCUCGAUAGUUCUUUCAGAGAAAACGAGUUCGCGUCGAAUUCGUUGUGUUUAUUGGGUACACAUGUAUUAAAUGUCUUGUUACUCUCAAUUUUGUAUGUUUGCUCGGUGUAAGAUAGGUUUGCGGGCCCACUUGUUGGUGUUUUCUCUGAUAUUUUCACAAAUAUGUUGGUCAAAGGCUGAUACCUAGUACAUCAACGAUCACUCAAAGUGUAAGUCAGUUGCUAUCAUAACACCAAGAGACGAGCGCGAGAACACCGGUAACCGUCGAAAGCUUUACACGGUGCGGUAUUUAUUUGUGGCCAAACUUUUGAUUCGAACACGUUAAAAUUUGUGGUAUUGUGGUAGAUGUUGGUGCAUGUUGUAUACACUGUUUGCUUUGGCAAUAAAUCGUUUUUUUUUUUUUUAAUUCAACUUAAAACGCAAGAACAUACCGGUCAGAUGUUGUUAUGUUAAAAUCGCGAACUUCCUUAGGUUAUUUAAAAGAAUGGUAGCAAUAUACAUAUGUAUGUAUAUUAACAUUUUUUCACACGCAAAAAUAUGUCUGAAACUCUCUUUGAUUGAUCAUACGAAAAGAGUUGGUGAAGCUCAUAAAAUACACGAGAAAAAAUGAAAACUCAUGAAUGCAACGGCGUAACAGGUAGCCCCAACCACAUACAUACAUACAUAUUAACAAGUAACUAAAGGAGGCUUGCAGCGAAAUUGAUAGUUGUAAAACCAUCGAUGAUCACAGAAGAGGUCACCUUGAUUAUAAAUUUCUGGAACUUGGUGGCUGGAUGUCUUCCUUCUCGGAUAGUUGCUAGACGACAAUAUAUUGGAGCUGAAGAGACGUUAUUUCAGAUAAGUCGGACAUGAGAUAAGAGAAGUGUGAAUGACACUGGUUUACUUUAAUUCGUGACAAGAGUAUAACCGAUUUAAUAGAUUAUAGUAUCCUAUUGGAAAGAUUUUCACACUUAAAGAAUAUACAAAUGCAAAAGCAAAACCGAGGAACAUACUGUCUGCGACUUCAUAGAUCAGCCUGAUACUAGCCAAAAGUUGCACCAAACGCGACAAAUAUUAGAAAGAAAAUAUGCAGGUUCCAGAGCGAUUGGUAUCACUAUAUAUUGCAACUUGCGGACAAAAUGGCCCCGGACUGGGAGCAGAUGAAAAGGAAAUAAUACUGCUGGUGUACGUUGUUUUGGAAGCAAGCAGUGGCAAGAUCAUUGGCACGAAACAGCUUUUGGUGCGACCUGAAGGAGGGUUUGCAAAGGAUAUUACUGUGUCUGGUUCGUCUGCAGCACCUCUAGUCGAUGGCGCGUCAUCACCUCCGCUUGCUUCACAGCAUGCCGAUGUAAUUAACAACAACAAUACCAACAUAUGCAACUCCAACACAAUUGGGAAAAGUAUUUACAACAACCCAAACUCUACUUUACUAAUUAAUAAUAACUCCACGAUCUCCGAUGGAUCGACGCUGAAUAGCACAAAUUUAAAAGCAGCACCUGGCAUUGUGACUCCAACGCUACUUUCCGAAGAAUUACCAAUAGCCGUUGUACAGUCAACAGGGAAACCACUUAAAGAAGCCAUCGACGAGUUCGAUGAGUAUUUACGCUCUCUAACACUAAACACCGACGAUGCCGAUAGUGUGAAAAUUAUCACCGACGGGCAACUUCCGCUGCGCCAAUGCUUGCAUCGAGAGGCAUGUGCCAAAGACAUCCUGCUGCCAAACUACUACAACCGCUUCUGUGAUCUGCGUAAAGAAUUUCUCAAAUAUAAAUCCGGCGAUUUAUCACGAGCUCUGGUCCCCGUAAAGGACAUUAAAAAAAUACUCCAAAUACCGACCGUCUCGCCUCCACAAAGUAUCGGCGAAAUGAUGAAAGGUGAGGCAUUAAAAUGAACUAAUAUUAUACAUUAGGGUGGUUAAAAAAAAAAAGU